AAUCGCCCACGAUUGAAUUUUGCAGAGAUUAUACAGAGAUUAUUCAGCGGCGUCAUCUGAAGAAGUUUUAACUCAUCGAUUUUUAGAAGAAAUUUUAAACUCACCAAUGAAAGUAUAUGUUGAUACAGUAGUAACGGAUCAUUAUGCACACGCGAGUGACAUUUACUGUAUUCUGAAGUAACAAUGUCCGGAAGGACGAAGCUCCAAGUCGCCGUCAACGAGCGUGAAGGCUUCAGGAACCGUGACCGUGUCUUCAUGCCGGGUGACGAGGUUUCUUAUUACGAAACAGUUUUAUACUGAAUCUUGUCAAAGGAGGAGAGUUCCCCGAAUUGUCUCAGUGUUGCGUAAUUUUGGAGAUCCUUUUCACGUAAUCCUUUCCAUCAAACAAAAUGACUUUCAAAACUUUGAUCAACCUUGGAGGCUUUGGGAAAGCUCCUUGGGAUAUGCAUACCGAGCAUUAUUACAACGAUCAUAAUCGCGGAGGACAUCACGGAGGACAUCACGGAGGGAGCUCCAAAAAGGGCGGAAGUGGUGCUGCUCUGAGUGCAUUGACCCUGCUCGCCUUCCUGUUUCUCUUAAACGUUAUGCAGCAAUCUCUGCAAGAUAAUAACUCGACAACUCCGACAACUACAGCGUUUUUGUUACGAGAGACCGACCAGUUGCCGAUUGUGUUGGACAGCAAAGAAGAUAGUAGCAAGACGAAGGACGAUCUCGCAUAUACAGCAAGCACGUAUGGAUCGAGGACACCAACUAAGGAUUACGUGAGGGUGCGAUAUGAGGAUUAACCAUUUGACAGUUCUAAAAUUCCUGAAAAACUUUCCUCUUAGA